CGCCGCCUCUCCGCGCCCCGGACCGGCGGAGAGGCGCUUCGCCGCCCGCCCGCUAACAGCGCACCCGCCGAGCCGGGCUUUAAAUUGAUAACAACCACACUAGAGCCCCGCCGGUGCUCAGAGGCGGCGGGGAUCGCAGAGCCGCGCACAACAUGGCCACUCUGCUGCGGAAAAUCGGGCUGAUCCGGCUGCACAGCCGGGACACCGAGGACCCCAAGCACCACCACCACCGCAGCAGCAGCAGCCAGCAGGGCUCCUCGCUCCGCGGCAGAGGCAACCAGAAGAACAGCAGCAACAAGCCGCAGCCGCAGGGCCCCCCCGGGGGCGGCUGCAGCAGCAGCAGCAGCGAGGGCAGCCCCGGCGGCCACAAGAACAAGAAGGCGCCGGAGCCGGCCAAGCAGCCCCCGCAGCAGGCGCGCUCGGGAGUCGGCCGGGAGAAGCCGCGGGAGCCGGGCAGGGAGCCCGGCGCCGGCAAGGAGGCGGCGCAGCGGCCCGGCCCCGGCUCCGGCCCCGGGUGCGGGUCGGGGCCGGCGGCGCUGGUGCCCGCGGGCCGGCAGCAGCACUGCACGCAGGUGCGGACCCGGCGGCUGAUGAAGGAGCUGCAGGACAUCGCGCGGCUCAGCGACCGCUUCAUCUCGGUGGAGUUGGUGGACGAGAGCCUCUUCGACUGGAACGUGAAGCUGCACCAGGUGGACAAGGACUCGGUGCUGUGGCAGGACAUGAAGGAGACCAACACGGAGUACAUCCUGCUCAACCUCACCUUCCCCGACAACUUCCCCUUCUCGCCGCCCUUCAUGAGGGUGCUUAGCCCCCGCCUGGAGAACGGCUACGUCCUGGAUGGUGGGGCCAUCUGCAUGGAGCUGCUCACCCCCCGCGGCUGGUCCAGCGCCUACACCGUGGAGGCCGUCAUGAGGCAGUUCGCCGCCAGCCUGGUCAAGGGGCAGGGCCGUAUCUGCAGAAAAGCUGGCAAAUCAAAAAAGUCGUUCAGUCGAAAGGAAGCUGAAGCAACAUUUAAGAGUUUGGUGAAGACCCAUGAAAAAUAUGGGUGGGUCACCCCGCCUGUCUCUGAUGGCUGAUGUUAGCAACCUGCACUUGACAAAAAUGCUGAACAAAAGUACUGUGACAUCUCCUCAGUGCUGUACACCGCCCAUCCUUUUCUACUUCAGCUUCAGUUACAUACCAUGAAUGUCAAGGAGACAUCUAAGUUAUUUAUGAACAGAUGUGUUUACAGAGGGAGAGAAAAAAAAAUGCUGUGUAGGAUUAUAUUUCAAGACUGGAGAAUGGUCAUCAUUGAAGUCACUUGAGCGGAUGCUGAGAUUGCGUCAUUUGCCCCCAUACAGCCCACAUUGUCUUCAGCUUCUUUCCAUGACAGCAGCACCAAACAGCAGUACUGGAAAGUCUAUCCAUUACUGCUCAGUUCAUUUAAAUGUAAAUGAAACAGUUAAUAUUUAAUAGGGAAGCAGUGCAUUGCAGGUACAUGUUUGCUGUGCUGUUUAUCUUUGUCUCCUAGCAGGUCAACAUAACUUGAAGAUUUGUCUUUAUGUGGAACUGUGGUCUGCUGUGACUAAAUUUAGACCUCAUUUGUGCUCUAUAUAUGACCUUUAAUUCAUAAAUGAAACCAGAAUUAAAAUGCUGAAAGGUCCUAGUGUUGAAAAAUUAUUAAGUGGAAUCACCCAACCGGUUACAAUGUGCUCUCUGUGCUGAUAUUGUGAUGUGCUGUUCAGAAAUAAACCAGUGCAGUUAGCUGAAGGUUAGGUGGUUUUUUAAAACACGUCCACACCGGGGCUCAGAGGGGUUGGUUGGUGGUAGCAGAAAAAUGAUUACCCUGGCAGUACCUUCUGCAGGAGCAUGUGGCCUGUCAGCUCUUCAAAGCAGCAAAACAAAUGAGUGGAAAUGGACAAAGCAACCUUAAAAUUUUAUCUGUUUAAUUUUGAAAUGAUAUGCCAGUACAGAGUAAAAAUUUUCGAGUCAAAUGGAACAUGGUUUGUAAGAUGAUUUGCAUGACUGGAAUUUUUCUUUUUUAUUUUUACUCAAUAGACAUUGUAUGUACUUAGAGCCCAGUAUCUAAGAAAACCCACUGAUGUAUAUAAAUGUCCUAUUAUUUAAUCAUUAAAAUUUAAGUUUUCUGGUAAACAAAUUGAAAAAAACAACUUUCUAAGGGACUCCAUAAAAGCUGAAGGUAAUGUUAAGAAUGGUCUAGAAAAGCAUUAAAAAAUGUGGAUUCCGAAUGGAAAAUCGUAUUGGACACGUGCUGAAUAAAAUCACCAGUAUCAUU